AUGGCGAUCUCACUCUGGGAAAACCAGACAACUAUAGUGGAAUUUGUGCUUCGAGGAUUCUCUUCCGUCCGACAGCUGAAUAUUUUCCUCUUUAUGAUAUUUUUAGUUUUCUACAUGUUAACUGUUUCUGGAAACAUCCUCAUUGUCUUGCUAGUUUUGGUCAGCUAUCACCUCCACACCCCCAUGUACUUCUUCCUGGUGAAUUUGUCCUUUCUGGAGAUCUGGUAUACCUCCAACAUUGUUCCCAAGAUGUUGCUGAUCGUCAUAGCUGAACAGAAAACUAUCUCUGUAGCUGGCUGUCUGACACAAUUCUACUUCUUUGGAUCCCUGGCUGCAACAGAGUGCCUCUUGCUGGCUGUGAUGUCCUAUGACCGAUACCUGGCUAUCUGCCAACCUCUCCACUAUCCCAUCCUCAUGACUGGCCCCCUCUGCACGAGGCUGGCUGCCAGCUCUUGGCUCUGCUGUUUCUUCCUCACAGCAAUCACUAUGGUCCUACUGUCUCAACUAACCUUCUGUGGACCCAAUGAAAUUGAUCACUUCUUUUGUGACUUCACCCCUCUGGUCCAUCUCUCCUGCAUGGACACCUCACUGACUGAGACCAUUGCCUAUGCCACCUCUUCUGCAGUGACUCUGGUCCCAUUUCUCCUCAUCAUGGCCUCCUACUCCUGCAUUCUUGUUGCUAUCCUAAGAAUUCCCUCUGGCACAGGUCGGCAAAAGGCCUUCUCCACCUGCUCCUCCCACCUCACGGUGGUCACGUUGUUUUAUGGGACACUGAUUGGCACAUACCUCAUGCCCUCAGCCAACUCUUCCCAACUCUUGCACAAAGGGUUCUCUCUGCUCUACACCAUCCUGACACCCAUGUUCAACCCCAUCAUCUACAGCCUGAGAAACAAGGACAUCCACGAAACCCUAAAGAAGUGCUUGAGUAAGAAGUCUGCUUUCCUCAGAUGA